GGAUGAUUCCCAUCGACUUGUUUUUUUUUUGUUCUUUGACCAUCAUUUUCAGUAUGAUAAAAAUCUGUGCAUACUCUUGUCUUCUUUCUGCUCUGAGUUUUGUGGAGAUGAAUCCUCUCAGCAUAACUGGCCAUGUUGGGAAAAGUUUGACAAUCAAAUGCUCAGACUGGGAUGCUUGGACUGAUGUAAGAUAUAAUGUGAAGUACUUUUGUGACAGUCCAUGCACAGAAGACAAACACGUCAUUAUCAAAGCAGCAUUUGGAGAGACUACAUAUAAAAACAGAAUAGAGGUAACUAACACAGCAGAUGGUUUAUUUGUGACCUUCACUAAUCUCCAAGAGUCAGACUCGAAGACAUAUUACUGUGGAGCAGAGAAAUUUGGCCGUGAUUCAUACAUAAAGGUCAAUCUUAAAGUCACAAAAGCUGAGUCUUACAGUCCCAAGACGACUCCAAAAAAAGUCACUGCUGGUCCCACUCUCUCAUUUACUGUGACAGACGACUCCAUCACGUCUUCAAACAGCUCAGAUAAUGUUAGUGAUAUGUCUAUGUCACAUACAACCCUGAAUACAAUGUUACCCACUGGAUCGACAACACAAGGAGCAGGAUAUGUACCGUAUUUGACUGCAGGUGUGAUUUUGAUAAUCAUAGUGAUGGUCGUACUGAUUCUUGCCUGGAAGAAGAUGAAGAAACAACAGGAGGGCCGGUCCUGAUCAAGUCUACCAAUCACUCCACCAGUUCACGAUGGAUGAAGACAAAGUCUACAGCACUCUCACACCCUUCAAAAGCGAACAGCACUCCACACAGCUUUGUCACAACGUUCACUGAUCACUGCAGCAGGAGCUAUUGCAUCACUAUCAUAUGGCAGAAUGUUGAAAGAUACAUAUGUUCUCACUCUGGCCUGCAGCUACUAACUUACCGCCAUUUUGGUUCUCUUUACAAAUAUGUGGUCACUUUGUAAAUACAGUAUGUCUCACAAAUGCCUUGUCUGUCAGUUAAAUGUAUUAUGUAACUUUAUCUAAUUUAACACUGGUCUAAUAACACAGCAAUGUCAUGUGGGUGCAGUUGCUGAUGGACACAUUUUUGAUUAAUAUUGCAUCUGAUGAAAGUCUUUGAAGGUGUAUCUUCCAUUUCCACAGUAUUCUCUUUCUGUUCUCCAACAUUAAACCCUUCUUUGUCAAAUUUUCUUUUGGACAAAUUGAGAAUCUAUGCUAUGCGGACAGAAAUCUGUUUAAACGGUCAUAUUAUGGGGGUGUAUCUCACAUUUGAGGACAAAUGCAUGGUCCCCACAAAGAAAUUGAUUAAAAUUUCUGAUUAAGAACUGAUAUAUUGUUAAGGUUUGGGAUGGGUGGUCAUAUUAAUUUUUAAAUCCAUUCUUUUUUUUAAUAUGAAAGUGAUUCUUUGUACUUAAAUAAUAAAGUAAUAAUGCAAAAAA